ACUGCUUACAGUGCAUUCUGCAGUCAGCCUUACAAUCUAAUUGACGGAGCUCAACGUCACACAUGAUCAACGCCUCGGUCUGAGAAGCUCGUCAACACUGCUUCAGACUCCCUUACAGUCAGCUUGAUCACAGACCCGGCAUUACAUCCGGCCACGUUUCCCCCACGAGCGCGCACCCGAUCAGAAAGCCUUGCGAUGGACAUGGCCGUAUAGUACCCAGCCUCGUUCAGUGCAAAUCAUAUUCCUAUACAACGCCACCACUACACCACACAUUCAUCUCAUCUAGGAGCUUCCGCCCUUUCAUCCCAGACUAUGAGUCAUUCCUCGGGAGCCAUGCCCUUCAUCAAAAGCGAGCCGGAUGACUUCGGCAACAACCCAAACCGGUUCAUGUCCGCCUCCACCUAUGGCAAUGCGCAAAAUUUCGGUACUCAAUUCAACACCCAAGAUGGUGGGAGCAUAGACCCCUCUGAAUUGUCUAUGCAGAACAACAACUUUGGGGGGAUGCCUUAUAACUUCGGCGGCAACAAUAUGUCGUCAAGUUUCAGCAUGGGCAAUUCUGGCUAUGAUGAUAGCGAGCUGCUGGAGAGUCUCGACUUUAGCAAUAAUGGCCCGGCCAUGCUUGAUGACUUCACCACCUUGCCUCAACACAACAACAAUAACAGAAACUCUGGUGCUGUUUCCAUGAAUCAACAAAACCGCAUGUCCAACAUCUACUCCAGUACACCUGACGGACCUCCCAUUCAGAGUCCUUUUCUGGGCACAUUUGAUUACAACCAGUUCCGACCCAUGAAUUCGCUACCACAGCACAUGUCGCCUCUACAAGGCUCCCAGUUUGCCAAGCGUCCUAGCAUCCAGUCGGCAAACAGGAAGUCGUCGGACCAACAACGGACUCCGAUGACACCACGCACGGCAGCCAUGGCAGGCUUGCACAUUGGAACUCCGGAAGGCGGCAAUGUGACCAACGGACGACCCAUCAGAGCACCCAAUCUUCAAAAUCGGCAUGCUAAGACGUUGUCGGGUCAAUAUGACAGCACGCCUGGAAGUCUCCACUCAUUCUUGGAUUCUCCCUUAUCGUCACCUGGUACAGGCAUGCACCACGCUGGUAUCUCAGAGACCAUUGGUUCUGGUCAGCACGCGUCAUUGCCGGCAAAGGUCGAGAAUGGGAUGCCCAACGCAAAUUCCGCUGAGGAUAAGAAGCGUCGAAGACGAGCAUCUCACAAUGCUGUUGAACGGCGGCGACGGGACAACAUCAACGAGCGCAUACAGGAUCUGUCACAUUUGGUGCCACAGCAUCGCUUGGACGAUGACAAGGUCAAGAAGCAGCUGCAAAGCAAUACCCCCAUGUCACCCUCAAUGGGUGCAACCAGCAUGAGUCCUCCGAAUGCUAACAGCACGAACACGUCGUUGUUGGCAAUCGCCGCGGGACGGCGCGCUGCGAGCACGGCAGGUAACAUCACGAUUGGGUUGCCCAUCGAAGAAAAGGAGAAAGGACCCAACAAGGGUGACAUUCUCAACGGCUCAGUGAGCUGGACAAGGGACCUGAUGUGGGCUCUUCAUCUCAAAUAUCAGCAAGAAGAUGAACUGGCGCAAUACAUCACCUCUCUAGGUGGCACAUGGCCAUUCCAAAUCACUGAUGAUGAAAAACGGAUGCGGUCCGAAGUCGUGGACGCUAUUGAGAAGAAUGACGUGACUUCUUUCUCAUAUACGAGGACGGAUGGCAGUGGGCUCCGUGUUCCUCGACACACGAACCUGGCAGGCGACAGGGUCCAGAACCCCAGUCUGAGUCCGCAGAGCAAUUUUGAGCUCAGUCCAGGCUUCCACAGCGGCGGCAGUGGUACUCAAAGCGGAAGUAAUGGCCAGGGACAACCUCAGUACUGGCACAGCGCCGGACAUGGGGGCAUUAGCUUCAAAGAGGAAGACGAAUUUAUGGAGAUGAACUAAUGGAGAGAUGUGCAGACGGUUAAGCUUAUACGAUGUUGCCAGCUAUCACAACAGAGAGUUCAAGGAGCUGAUGGGAAAC